UCCUUCGGCCGGCUCGGGCCUCUCUGCCCGCCAGCGCCAUCUUGAGAGGACAAGCGGGGACAGGGGGCCUUGUUGUCCGCCGCGGAUCCCCGAGGGUCGGGAUCUCCUUCGCGCGCGGACUCGACCCACGGGUCGGCGCCGUGACUGGACCUGGACGGGCGAGGCUGAGGAGGACGAGCCGCCGCCAUGGAGGACGAAAUGCCCAAGACCCUGUAUGUGGGGAAUCUAUCAAGAGAUGUUACUGAAGCUCUGAUUCUCCAGCUUUUCAGCCAGAUUGGACCAUGCAAAAACUGCAAAAUGAUAAUGGAUACGGCUGGAAAUGAUCCAUACUGUUUUGUGGAGUUCUAUGAGCAUCGUCACGCAGCUGCAGCUUUAGCUGCUAUGAAUGGACGGAAGAUAAUGGGUAAGGAAGUCAAAGUGAACUGGGCAACAACCCCCAGCAGCCAGAAGAAAGAUACCAGCAGUAGUACCGUUGUCAACACACUGCGUUCACAAGACCACUUCCAUGUCUUUGUUGGAGACCUCAGCCCAGAAAUUACAACUGAAGAUAUAAAGGCAGCUUUUGCACCAUUUGGAAGAAUAUCGGAUGCACGAGUUGUGAAGGACAUGGCAACAGGAAAAUCUAAAGGAUAUGGCUUUGUUUCCUUCUUCAAUAAAUGGGAUGCCGAAAACGCUAUUCAGCAGAUGGGUGGACAGUGGCUUGGUGGAAGACAAAUAAGGACUAACUGGGCAACGCGCAAACCUCCAGCUCCAAAGAAUACAUAUGAGUCAAAUGCCAAACAACUUUCCUAUGAUGAUGUUGUAAAUCAGUCCAGUCCAAGCAAUUGCACUGUGUACUGUGGUGGUGUUACUUCAGGACUAACAGAACAGCUGAUGCGACAGACGUUUUCUCCAUUUGGACAGAUAAUGGAAAUUCGGGUCUUCCCAGAUAAAGGGUACUCCUUUGUGCGGUUCAAUUCUCAUGAAAGUGCUGCACAUGCAAUUGUUUCAGUCAAUGGCACAACCAUAGAAGGGCAUGUUGUGAAAUGUUAUUGGGGCAAAGAGACGCCAGAUAUGAUCAAUCCAAUCCAGCAGCAGAAUCAAGUGGGAUAUCCACCCCCUUAUGGGCAAUGGGGCCAAUGGUAUGGAAAUGCACAACAGAUUGGUCAGUACAUGCCUAAUGGCUGGCAAGUCCCUGCAUAUGGAAUGUAUGGACAAGCAUGGAAUCAGGGAUUUAAUCAGACACAGACUUCUGCAGCAUGGAUGGGUGCAAGCUAUGGCGUACCACCACCUCCACCACCACCUCCACCACCUCCCCAGGGACAGAAUGGAAGUGUUCUAACUAGUCAAACUGGAUAUCGGAUGGCAGGUUUUGAAACGCAGUGAGAGAGACGGACUCUGGAACAGAAACAACUGAUGGCUCUGAGGCUAUAUGGAGCAUUGUAAAUCCUUUGUUUACUUAAAAAAAAAUCUAUCCAAUCAAGUCAGUGCAAAUGUCAGAAACAGUAUUUAUUUUUAAUCAUGAAACUUUUGUCCACAUUUUUUUUAAAAA